CUCAUUCCCUCCCAAGCAAUAUUAUUUACACAGAUCAGUACUAAAACGCAGAGAUAGAUCAUAGCCUCAGAUAUGAUGAACUCCAAGGUUGUUCCUUGUAAGUACGCCCUUGUAACUCUGGCCCUGUUGGCUUUCGCUUGUUCCCUCGCCUCUGCCUAUGACCCCAGUCCCCUGCAGGACUUUUGUGUUGCAAUCGACAAUCCUGCUUCUGCUGUAUUUGUGAAUGGAAAGUUUUGCAAGGAUCCAAAAGUUGUCACUGCUGAUGAUUUCUUCCGCUCGGUGAACAUUCCCGGAAACACCUCAAAUAAAGUGGGUUCGAAUGUCACUGCUGUGACUGUGGAACAACUACCAGGCCUCAAUACCCUAGGCAUAUCCUUAGCUCGCAUCGACUUUGCACCACAUGGCUUAAAUCCUCCCCACACCCACCCUCGCGGCACUGAGUUUCUUAUAGUCAUAGAAGGUACUCUUCAUGUUGGCUUUGUCACAUCCAAUGCAGACGGUAACCGCCUCUUCACCAAAGUUCUAAACAAGGGAGACGUCUUUGUAUUUCCAAUUGGUCUCAUUCACUUCCAGUUGAACGUGGGAAAUACUAAGGCCGUUGCCUUUGCUGGUCUUAGCAGCCAGAAUCCUGGGGUUAUCACCAUAGCCAACGCAGUCUUUGGAUCCAAUCCUCCCAUCAAUCAAGAUGUUCUCACCAAGGCCUUCCAAGUGGACAAGAAUGUGGUUAACUAUCUUCAACAACAGUUCUAAUUGCCGAAACUAAAAUCAUAGAUUUCAAGAUAUAUUUGCAAUAUUAUGUACCGGCAAUAAACCAUUAGAUCAUGGUAUGGUCAAGUUUGUCAUGUUUCCCAGCUUGUAACGUUAUUAAAAUUAUUUUAUUGAAAUAAAAUGGUUAUUUAUUUA